AUGCGGGCUGUGGGGGCCCCUGUGAAGCUGGGCCAGCUGGGAAAGGAGGCCCCUGCAGGUGUGGCCUCCACAGAUACCAGGAUGCCAACCCUUCCCACCACUCAGCCCCAGCUCCACAGCAUCUCUCAGCCUCAGGGUCAUACCUGCAACCAGUGCAGCUGCAGCCAGCAGUGCAGGGGCUGCCUCCAGAGCCUGCCCAGCCACCAUAGCCCACCUGGCCCUGUGAGCCGGAGCCCCACUCCCAGGCCCAGCUCCAGCCCCAGGCCCAGCUCCAGCCCCAGGCCCAGCUCCAGCCCCAGGCCCAGCUCUUCCAGCCCCAGCCCCAAGCUCAGCCCCACCCCCAGGCCCAGCCCCAAGCCCAGCCCCAGGCCCAGCUCCAGUGCCAGCCCACCACCUCGGCACCACAGACAGCCCAUGAACAUCCGCCAAGCUCCUGCUGGGACCAGCCUCCACCGCAGGCGCUCCAGCAACAGAAAGAAGACCCUGACAAGGAAGGUAAAGAGAAAGGUGGCCAGGAGGAACAUGAAGAGAUACAGAUCAAAGAGGCGGAGCUCAGGGCGAAAACACAACUGA